CUCACCUGAGGAGAAAGCAUCACCACCUAGUGGCCAUCUUGAGGAACUGCGCUUCCACCACAUCCACUCUGUAACUGAAUGCGGCCCCUGCUUGGCCUGGUGCAGCGCCAUCCUUGGCUGGCCAAUGUCACCGCCUACGGGACGCUGUUUUCCGCUGCAGAUGUGGCUCAGCAAAUGUUGGCUAGGCCCCAUCAGGAUCCCCUCAGGUACGAUGGUCCAAAUCUGAAGCAGACGGCGAAAGUAGCGCUGGUAGGGUUCAGCUUCCACGCCAACUUCAACUACGUCUGGUUCCGGAGCCUGGAGCGCCUUCUUCCUGGAUCAAAUGCUACCAAGGUGAUCGGGAAAGUUGCUUGCGACCAGAUCAUAGCCGCCCCGGUCACCAUUGCCGCAUUUUAUGCAGGUCUGUCUCUCCUGGAUGGUCAACGUGACAUCUUUGAGAAUUUACGGGAAAAGUUCUGGCCGACAUAUAAGGCUGGGGUGCUCUGCUGGACUUUAUUCCAAGCAGUGAAUUUUACUUUCGUGCCACCCAUGCUGCGGACAGCGUACGUAGGCGCCUGCUCCUUCCUGUGGACUGCUUUUCUCUGCUACCUGCGCCAAAAUGACGCCACUCAAGCCACCUCUCAGCUCUUCCAGGCUCUGCCAGGCCUAUCCGGGCUGUUUCCACCUACAGAAGGAGAGAAUCAAGUGAACGCAGCCUCUGAAAAAUAACCAAGCAGCCCAAUAAAUGCUUAUGUUGCUAAGUA